AUGGUCGACUGCCCCAUCUGCACUAAAGCCGUCAAAGACGCCCGAAUCAACGAACACAUUGACAGCGGCUGCGAGGAGUUCCUGCUCGAGCCAGAACCUCAAGGCACGCCUAACCUGGGCAAGGCGUAUAGCUUCUUUACGCCGGGCGCACGCAAACCUCCGGGCGCGACACAGAAGAAUGGACACCCAACCUCGUCACCACCCGCACAGCCAGCACCGCCGACAGCGACACAGCGGAUAGAGAUAUCAAAGACACCCCCGCCAAGCACAAAACGGCCUCUGGAAGAAGCGUCGGAUACACAAGCCAAUGGCGAGCAAAAAUCACCAUCUGCCCCGAAACGGGCGCGGAAGCUCAAGGCUGUCGAAGAUGCCAUGCCACUGGCGGAGCGCAUGAGGCCAAUGUCAUUGGAUGAUGUAUAUGGUCAAGAGCUGGUGGGGCCAGGCGGCGUCCUUCGAGGCAUGGUCGAUGAAGGCAGGCUACCAUCAAUGGUACUCUGGGGAAGACCUGGAACAGGCAAAACCACCAUCGCCAGACUCAUCGCCAACACGUCCGGCUCGCGCUUUGUCGAGAUCAACAGUACAAGCACAAAGUUGGAGGAAGUGCGCAAGAUCUUCGCAGAGGCCUUUAGAGACCUGCAGCUGACAGGUCGAAAGACCAUCGUCUUCUGCGACGAGCUACAUCGCUUCUCAAAGACACAACAAGACGCCUUCCUUGGGCCUGUAGAGUCAGGCACUAUAACCCUCAUAGCCGCAACAACCGAGAACCCAUCAUUCAAGGUCAUCUCAGCUUUGCUGUCAAGAUGUCGGACCUUUACGCUCGACGACCUCAAAGAAGACCACUUGGUACGAAUACUCGAGCGCGCCAUGGCCGCAGACAACGUCACAUCCCCCGUCCUAGACAAGCCGAUGCUGGAAUACUUCGCCCGCUUCUCUGACGGCGACGCCAGAACAGCCCUGAAUCUUCUCGAACUCGCCAUGAGCCUUGCGAAGCAGCCUGACAUGACCAAAGAGAAGAUACAACAGAGUCUCACCAAAACCCUUGUAUACGACCGCGCCGGCGACCAACACUACGAUACCAUAUCCGCACUGCACAAGUCGAUACGAGGCUCCGAUCCCGACGCGGCGUUAUACUACUUAGCACGCAUGCUCGAGUCUGGCGAGGACCCACGAUACAUAGCCCGUCGGCUCAUCGUUGUCGCAUCCGAAGACGUUGGACUCGCAGACAACUCGAUGCUGUCCCUUGCGACAGCUACAUACUCUGCUUGCGAGAAGAUUGGCAUGCCAGAGUGCCGCAUCAACCUCGCACACGCCGUUACCGCCCUCUCCCUCUCGCCCAAAUCAACGCGCGCAUACCGGGGUAUGAACAACGCCUAUGAUGCGCUGAGGGAGCCAGGCGUUGCAGCACUACCCAUACCGCAUCACAUACGCAACGCGCCGACCAAGUUGAUGAAGGAUAUGGGCUACGGGGAGGGAUACAAAUACAACCCACAUUACUUAGACGGCAAAGUGAAACAGGAGUACCUACCCGAAGCACUCCGAGGUCGUUCGUUUCUGGAAGAUACCGACCUAGGAAGCAAGGUUGAUCCAGAUCUUGUCGAUGACGACGAGCUGAUGCCGGAGAUUGACUGA